AUGAGUUUGCAGGCCAAGGAGGUGGUGGAGUCGGAGGACCCAAUGGUCGACAUCUUGAUCCCAGAAGGUCUUUCAAGGGUGGCUCUGCCCCUCAUUAAGACCAUACAGGCCAAUGACAAGACCAUCUGGCAGACCCUAGCCUCCAUCCUUCUGUCCGCCAGGGAUGUUGAGAGGAAAUACUCCAUCCCACCAAAGGGGUAUGAAUACCUCUUCACGCACCCACAGCCUUGUUCAUUGGUGGUUGUGGCAAGUGAAUUUGAUGAUUUUUUGAAGGCCGCAGGCUCCAAACUCGUCGUUGUUGACUUUUCGGCAAAAUGGUGCGGACCUUGCAAAGCAAUCGAUCCUGUCAUUCAUGACCUGGCUGUUCGGUAUGACAAUGUGAUGUUCUGUAGUGUGGAUAUUGAUCUGGCAGAGGACGUGGCUAAUUCUUGUAAAAUUAUCGCCAUGCCAACAUUUCAGAUGUACAAGAAAACAGAGAAGAUUUGUGAAAUUACUGGUACUGAUACCAGGAAGUUGGAAACAAAGAUUGAAGAACUAAUGUAG